AGGCUUUGAGGUUUGAGCUUUACUAUAGAAAAAAUAAGGGUAAUAACCAAAAACACCCAAAGAUGGGUCUCAAGGUCUCCUCUUCUCUCCUCUGUCUCACCAUCUUACUCGCUGUUUCCUCCAUUGUAUCAGCGGUUAACAUAACCCGAGUGCUCGAGAAAUACCCUGAAUUCAGCACCAUGAUGGAGCUUCUUGCCAAGACCGAGCUCACACCAAUUAUCAACAAACGUCAGACCAUCACCGUGCUGGCUCUUAGCAAUGAUGCUAUCGGUUCCAUCUCUGGUAGACCCGAGGAAGAGCUCAAAAACAUUCUUAUGAACCAUGUGGUUCUUGACUACUUUGAUGAGCUUAAGCUUAAGGCUCUCAGGGAGAAGAGCACAUUGCUCACUACCCUUUACCAGUCCACCGGUUUGGGCCAACAGCAAAACGGUUUCCUCAACUGCACCAAAUCUAAUGGAAAGAUUUACUUUGGUUCUGGUGUGAAAGGCGCUCCUCAAACGGCUGAAUACAUCACAACCGUUUUCCGUAACCCAUACAAUCUCUCUGUGGUCCAGAUCAGCAUGCCCAUUGUGGCUCCUGGACUCGGGUCUCCAGUUAAGGUUCCUCCACCACCACCCAUGACUUCACCACCGGCACCAUCUCCCAAGAAGGGUGCAGCCACUCCAGCUCCUGGACCAGCUGAGGAAGAGGAUUAUGCAGAUGCUCCUCCUGGUGCAGCCCCAGAAACUGCACCUGCAUCUGCUCCAUCAGAUGAUUCUCCAGCUCCGGCUCCAGAUAAAUCCGGCAAGAAGAAGAUGGCUGCAGCUGAUGAGGCUGAACCACCUUCUUCUGCUUCUAACGCCGGUUUGAGCUUCGGUGCUGUCCUCGUUCUCGGGUUUGUGGCUAGCUUUGUUGGGUUCUAAGAUGGUUUGAAUCAGAGCGAGUCGAGGAUAAAAUAAACUGAAGAUGAGACUCGACCAUAGACAGAGGCAUGGUAAUAUGAAGUGGAUCAAAAACACUAACAAUUUCUACUCACAUUAUUGUACCUCAACCAUUUAUCAUUAGGCAAUGAAAGUGUGAUGUUCUG